AUGGCACGCGACGAGCAGACUCAGGAUCCUGGGUUCACGUCUGCCGUUGAUCAAGUUGCCAAAGGGAUCACUGCCGCUGACAGGGUUGCUUCGACCAGCUCGCUCAAGAGCCUCGGUCAAGGCAGUGAUACCGAAGGCGCCGAGCGUCCUGUGCGCGAGAAGCUGAAGAAAACCUCCAUCGCCGGCCUGCCGAGGGACAUCUUCUCUGACGACGACCACGAGAUGUCCGGUGCUUCCGACAAGGAAGCUGCGACCGAAGACGCUGCGGGGAACUCCAACAACAACGGAGAGGCGAGGGGUCGUGUGCGGAAGAAGAGAAGCUUCGAGGAUAUGGGAGGAGUAAGGGCUGAGAAGCAAGGCAGGAAACGCUCGAGGGAUGUCACCGUCCGCGACCAGCCCGAGCUUACGAAGCGAAAGCCCGCUGGUGAAAAUGGUACAAUCAAGGAGGGCUCCGAAUCGCCCCCGAGCUCUGCGGAACGGACACGAAGGGGUAUGCUUAGCCCCAAGGGUAAGCGGAACAGGGAGGAGUUUGAAGAGAAGGGCGACAAGGCAUCUGCCGAGGUGAAGGACACAGAUCCUACUGAAAAGGUCUCCACGGAGAAAACUUCCAGCGAUGAGCCGAAGGUGAAGCGCCACAGAGAUAGCAACAGCCCUGAGCCAGGCGAGGAAAAGAGCACGGUAGAGACCAAGGCUGAGGAAUCCAAGGUACCACAGGGAAGCGGCUUCGCCAACACCUCCGCUACCUCGCCAUUCGCUGUGUUAGCCGCCAGCAAGUCCCCUACGCCCACCGGUUCCCAGCCUCAAACAUCAGACACUGCUUUCAAGGCUUCCGGUUUCGGUGCCCUGGCCAGUGCCUCGACCUCACCCUUCGGCGCCCUCGCCGGCACGUCAAAGCCCGCGUCAAGUCCUUUCGGUUCUGCUACUGCAGCUGCAAAGCCUACAAUCACCGGUCUCUCCGGUAGCAGCACUCCCUCUUCGUUCGGCGGGCUGACUUCUUCCUCGGAAAACAAGUCUCCUUUCGCCGCCGCUGCCACAACUUCCAGUUUUGGAAACUUUGGUGGUAGUGGUUUGGGAGGCGGCUUUGGCGGAGGCGGUUUUGGUGGAGGCGGAAAGAUCACAGGGUUUGGCGGUGGCAGUGGCCCCAAGAUCACUGGUCUGAGUGAGAAGCCGGCGCGGCCUUUUGGCGCACCGAAGGAUGAGAAGGAAGACGAGGAAGGAUCUGGCGACGAGGCUGGUGAUGAAGAAAAGGAAAAGGUGUUGAGCCCCACCAAUGAGGAGGACAAGAAAGAUGAAAGAUUCUUCGAGCAAGAUGUCGAAACUGGCGAAGAGAAUGAGGAGACCAUCUUCGUCUGCCGUGCCAAGCUCUACAAUUUCGUCAAGGUUACAGACACCAAAAAGGAGUGGAAGGAACGUGGCCUUGGCAACCUGAAGGUCAAUGUCAAGAAGCAGUCGCCAGAGGAUGCUGAAAAGAAGGCCCCGAAGAAGGCACGCUUCGUCAUGCGCGCGGAUGGGUCCCACCGUGUAGUCCUUAACUCUCCCAUCCAGAAGGAGCUUAAGGUUGGCGACGUCAAGGGUGACAAGCCUACGAACGGUCUUAUCCUAUUCAUGGGCACUAUGGAUGGCGAAGAUCUCGAAACGCUUCAGCUGAAGAUGAAGCAACAAAACGCCGAGGGCCUGUGGGACAAGGUCUCUGCGCUUCAGCAGGAAAUGUAA